UCCUGAUGAAUCUUCCGUUCAGAGAGCUCAAUCUGAUGAAGGAGAAACGCCAAACACUGACGCAGCUUCUUCAUCAUUUUCUUGAAGAGGCAAAAGAAACAGGAAUUUCCAAUUUUGGCAAGUACGAGGUUGCGCUGAUAUUUGAUGGCUUGGAUGAGUGCUGACUACCCCUGGACUUUGACCGCAAUGAGUCCUGCUUCAGUGACUCAGAACCAGCUUCAGUGGAUGUUCUCCUGACGAACCUCAUCAAGGGGAACCUGCUGCCCUCUGCACACAUCUGGAUCACCUCCAGGCCUGCAGCUGCAAAUCGCAUUCCCGUUGAUCUUGUUGAUCGUGUGACAGAGAUACGAGGGUUCAACAACCCCCAGAAGGAAGAGUACUUCAGGAAGAAGAUCUCUGAUCAAAACAUGGCCAGCAAAGUCAUCUCACACGUCAAGACCAUCAGGAGCCUCCACAUCAUGUGCCACAUACCGGUCUUCAGCUGGAUCUCUGCAACUGUUCUGCAGAGGAUUUUAGAAGACAGUGAAAGACAGAAAGUGGAGGAAGGUGGGAGAAAAAGGGAUAUGCCUGAAACCCUGACACAGAUGUACACUCAUUUCCUUGUGCACAACUCAAUGAUCAAAUCUGAGAAGUAUUCAGGAAGACAAGGGGCAGCUGAGACAGAGUCUCAGGACAGAAUGGACCAAGAGAUGAUCUUGAAGCUUGGAAAACUGGCCUUUGAGCACCUGAUGAAAGGAAAUAUGAUCUUCUAUGAGAAUGAACUGGAGGAGUACGACAUCAACAUUCAUGAUGCUGCAGUGUACUCAGGAGUGUUCACACAGAUCUCAAAGAACGAUUUUGGAGUUCAUGUGGAGAGGGUCUAUUGCUUUGUGCAUCUCAGCAUUCAGGAGUACUUUGCAGCAACGUAUGUGUUCCACACAUUCGUGUGCCUCAAUCAGAACUUGCUGAAGCCACAAGACACAACGACAGACCAGGAGUCUCCCCGUGACGUGACCAGCCUUCUUCAGAGUGCAGUGGAUAGAGCUUUGCAGAGCCACAACGGACACCUAGAUCUGUUCCUUCGCUUCCUUCUUGGCCUCUCACAGACCUCCAAUCAGACUCUGUUGAGGAGCAUCCUGACCAAAAUGGCGAGCAGCUCGCCAAGAAAUGAGGAAAUUGUCGAGUACAUCAAGCAGAAGAUUCGUCACAAUCCUUCCCCAGACAGAUGCAUCAACCUCUUCCACUGCCUCAGUGAGCUGAAUGACCAGUCCCUGUUAGAGGAGAUCCAGCACUUCCUGAGCUCUGGUAGUUUGUCAGAGACCACGCUGUCACCUUCACAGUGGUCCGCUCUGGUCUUCAUGUUGCUGACCUCAAAGGAGGAGCUGGAUCAGUUUGACCUGAGGGAGUACUCACGAUCAGAGGAAGGUCUUCUGUGGUUGUUACCGGUCAUCAAAGAAUCCAGAGUCGCCGUGCUCAAAGAAUGCAACCUGACAAACAGAUGCUGCGAAGCACUUGGAGCAGUGAUAACGAAUUCAUGUCUGAAAGAGCUGGACCUCAGUGACAACGAUCUUCAAGACACUGGAGUGCAGCAGCUGUCCGCAGGACUGGCUAGUCAGACAUGUCAACUGGAAAAACUGAGGUUGUCGUUCUGUGGAAUCACAGAGGUUGGUUGUGACAUUUUGGUUAAAGCUCUGAGGUCAAACCCUGCACACCUGAAGGAGCUGGAUCUGAGUUACAACCAUCCAGGGCAACUUGGGAUUGAGCUCCUGUCCUGUUUGCAAAAGGAGAUGAAACACCUCACUGUCAGCUUGAACAACAAUGCAGAGUGCUACUUAAAAUCGUUGCUGAAGAAAUAUGCCUGCCAGCUUACGAUGGAUGUAAACACCGCCCACUCCCACCUGUCUUUUUCUGAAGACAGGCAACAAAUGACUCGACUGGAAACAGCACAGCCGUAUCCUGACAGUCCUGAGCGAUUCACAGACUGGGGACAAGUGCUCUGCAGAGAGGGUUUGUCUUCUCGCUGCUACUGGGAAGUAGAGUGGACCGGGGAAUACACAAGUGUCGGAGUGGCGUAUAAAGGAAUCAGCAGAAAGGACAAAGGUAACGAGUCCGUCUUCGGCUGCAAUAAUCAGUCCUGGAAUCUUCGCUACUGUUACGGGAAAUACAACGCCUGGUACAACAAGGAUGUUGUAUCCAUAUCAGUCCCCAACCUUAACGCCAAAAGGGUUGGUGUGUUCUUGGACUGGUCCGCUGGCACUCUGUCCUUCUAUGCGGUGUCAUCAAACACAAUGACUCACCUGCAUACUUUUCGAGCUGAGUUCUCGGGGCCGUUGUAUCCAGGCUUCAGGCUCGGAGCUGCAGAUACCUCUCUUGUUCUUUGCCAGCCAAACUACCCGUAACGCGAGGGCCAAAAUACUCUCAAACUCUUUGUGCAUGUUCCUGAAGCAUGUACAGAGCAUACACCAAGGAUGAGAAAAGCUUAUUAUGCUAACUCUAUUGGGAAAAUGAAGGCAAAAUAGACAUACUGUUAGCAACCAUGCUUGAUUUACCAAUAUACAUCCUGUAAAAUUACCGUCCUAUCAAGAACUUGGGUAAUAGUUUGGUGUCUCUUCUGUUCACAACAUAACAUAUCGGUCUCAGCAGAUGUGUGUCUAACAUGAGUCUG